AUGGGCUUGUCGUUGUUCUCUCUUCUUACCCUUCUCUUACCUAUCCUCACUGUUGCUGAGAUAGGCCCUUUUUAUGGCGAUGAUGCUUUCGAUGCUGGUAGCUAUGGAUCAUACCCAGUCCACACCUAUAUGUCAACCGACGUCGUUUCCCCGCGUUUAAAUAUGUUACGCUCAAGUACCCUAUGUCGAAAUGAUUUAUACUGGGUAUUGAGUCCUCGGGGGAGAUCCAUUAGUGAUCCAGGUCCAAUGAUUUUGGAUUCAGCUGGAAAUUUGAUUUGGACCAAGGGAGGUUAUGAUCAAGUCUAUAAUCUUCAGGUUCAGGAUUUGUUGGGGGAAAAGUAUUUGACCUUCUGGGCUGGAACCGAUGCUGUGCAGGGACAUGGCGCGGGAAGUUAUUAUAUGCUUGAUAAAAACUAUAGGGAGGUUCAUAAAGUCGUUGCGGCAAACGGUCUCGCGGGCGAUUUACACGAUUUUACAAUCACCAAAAACGGCACGGCCUUGAUUACAAUUUACGACGUUGUGGUGGCCGAUUUAUCAUAUGUUGGAAUCCCUCAAGGAGAUAUGCCAGAGGGAGAUGGAGGAGUAAACUCUGCCUUCGAUUUCUUUCACAUAAACAGUAUCGAUAAGGACGCCAAGGGCAACUUCCUUAUUUCCAGCAGAUAUUUUCACUCCCUGACCUAUUUAAACGGUACCACUGGGGAUAUUAUCUGGAUUCUAGGAGGCAAGAAAAAUAUGUUCAAAGAUCUUUCCGGUGGACUAGCUACCAAUUUCGCAUAUCAACAUGAUGCCCGCUGGCGCCACAAUCGCACCGCCAUUUCCUUAUUCGACAAUGCAGGCGAUGAUUCUCAUCCAGGAAAUGCUACCCGCGGGCUUCUCGUCUCCCUCGAUGAGAUCAACAUGACGGUAAAAGUCAUUCGUGAGUACAUGAAUCCCAACGGUAUCCGCGCCAUUUCACAGGGAAACCUUCAAAUGCUGGACGAUGACCACGUAAUUAUGGGUUAUGGAAACACUGGCGCAUUCACCGAGUACGAUACCAACGGAACCGCUAUUUGUGAUGUACAUUUUGGACCACAAAGCAGUUUCGGAGCUGGAGAAGUCCAAUCAUAUCGGACCUUUAAAUUCGACUGGCACGGAUGGCCCACGACCGACCCCGACGUCCGCAUAUUGACCAAUGGAGAAGAUUGGUUGAGCCUUUAUGUGAGUUGGAAUGGAGCAACGGAAGUCAGGAAAUGGUUAUUACAAGGGGCUGAUGAGCCUGAAGCAGAAGAGGGAGAGUGGGAAACUCUAGAUUACGCGGACAAAACCACUUUUGAAACAGAAUUUGAAAUUCACCGCAUGUAUCCAAGAUACCUGAGGGUGAAGGGAAUGGGGAGUUACAAUAAUGUGACAGGAGAGGAAGAGUUAUUGGGGGCUUCGAGAAUCUUUAAUGCUGAUACUGGAACGCAGAUUUGGUCGCUGAAGCCUGUGAGAUUGGAGGGGUCUAGUAGCUGGCCAUUGCUGACUUUAAUGGUGUUUGCGGGGAUUGCUGGGUUAGUGGUGGGAGUAAGAGAAGCGAUGAUUUGGAGAAGAAGGAAGAGAGGGCCUAGUUUAUUGAGGUGGAGGCCUCGGGGUCUAGGAGUUCCAUUGUUAUCCGGUUAG